UAAUGAAACAGUUACCACAAUGUCUCCUAUUUUUGUGACUUUAUUUCUUGCUGUAAUUGGAGUAAGCGCAUGGCACGGUGGAAGUAGUUUUCCGUAUUAUCUUCGAGAACAUGGUAAAGAAUGUGGAUCAAAUGGAUCUUGGAAUAUAUGUGCUUCAAAAUGUGAACCUAAGUGCAGUAGUAAUUAUGAUGCAGUACCUGAAUAUUGUAUGGAGGAUUGCGUAGAAGGUUGCAGAUGCAAAAAGGGUUAUGUGAUCGACGACUUGUCUGGAUAUUGCGUUUCACGCAAAGAUUGCAAUAACAGUAUAAAUAAGAAGGAGCCUACCAAAUCCAAAACUUCAAAACAAUAUGAAAAAUAAUAUUGUACUAAAUUUGUCAGAAUUGUAAUUAAAUUUCUGAUUUUAUUCUAUGAGGUCCAAAAUUACAAUAAAACUUAUGAAUGAAGAAUCCAAACUGUGUUACAUUCUUACUGUGUAACUAUUUGUAUUACGUGUUCCAAUCUUAAGUCAUCAGAGUGUAUCAAAUACCCUCAAAUUAUAGUUUCGA